CAUAACUCGAAAUUCAUAAAUUGACCUCCGUAAGGACAAGCGUGGUCAACAAUGAAUACGUGGAUUUGCAUUUUUUUCCUCGGCGUGGCCUUGUCGGCUCCUGCUGAUGAAUUUCGGAGCUUAAUUUACGAGGGAGAUCUCUCAAUUAAUGACGAAUCGUACCGGAUGCAAAUAAUACCAGCUGGAUUUACUCCUCAUAAUAUACGAAUACAUUCUAAAGUCAAAUUAACCGACUUCAUAAGCCAGGAAAACGAGAACUACGUGGUAUUCAAUAACUUUAUUGAAAAAGGUUACGCUACGAAGGGGAUAACCUUUAAUAUUUAUGACACAAACAUAAGGGAAACGACCAUAGCCCUGUUCCGUGUUCUGCAAGAUUUAAAUUCCAAUGAAAUCAAACUUGUCCAAGAAUGGGCCAAACAGAAUAUAAAUGAAGAUAUACUUGACUAUGCUUUGAAAUUAACAGCAUUAUACAGUAACGAUGUUCAACUAGCAGAAAUGUCACCGCCAUUUAUUACAAAACCAAAUUUUUUUAUUAAUAGUGAAACUUUAGUUAAAGCCCUGAGACUAAAACUCAAUUAUGGGCAUAUUCACCCUCAGGAAGCUGAGAUUUAUCAAAUACGAAAGAUCGACGAUAAAACUUUCACCAUAAAUACUAAUUAUUCUGGUUGGGAUCAUCCUAAUGAAUGUGAUCAAGAUACAAAUUAUUUUAGGGAAGAUAUAUCACUCAAUAGCUAUUACUAUGGACUUCAUCUUCUACAUCCAUUUUGGAUGUCAAAUGAAGAACUAGACGAAAUGAACCCAAGACAUGCUGAGCAUUACCUAUUUGCUUUAAAACAAUUAUUGUCUAGAUAUAACUUAGAAAAGCAACACUUAUUACAAGGAGAUAAAUCAUUAAAUGAAGAUUGUGACAUUGACUACCGCCCAUUUUUGAUGUAUGAUAACGGACUUGCAUUUCCUAAUAGACCUUCUUUCAUCAGUUCCCACGAAAUAUCUAAUGAAAAGUUUGUUACUAUUGAUAUUGCCAUAAAGGAAUGUCUUUCUAGGCGUAUAAUAAUGAUGAGUAACGGUACAUUGGUCAAGAUAGAUGAGGACAAUUAUUUGCAGUUAUUACCAAAACUAUUGAGAGCAAACUUAGAUGGUGUUAAAUCGGGUGAAACUAUUAGAAAUCUUUUUGGUUAUGGGGUUGGAACACAAAAUGUGAGCACACCCUCACCAUCAAUUAUGCAUCAAUAUCAAACUGCACUUAGAGAUCGCGUUUACUGGGUGCUCUUAGAACGCGCUUUAAAUUAUUCCCUGGAUUUCUUGAAGGACAUGGGUCCAUUCGACUUGUCCGCCUAUGAAACGGACAGUUUCCGCAUUAUUGAUAGUCAGAUCGAUGAUUUUGUUAGCUUUUUUGAUUACUAUCAGUUUAAUAUAAAUAAGGCACUAAUUGGUAGUGAAAAAGUAUAUGUUUUUGCACCUAAUCCUCAUAUGAUUACAGCUAGACAGAUGAGAUUGAAACAUGUACCUUUUAAGGUAUCAUUUAAUGUCGAAUCCGAUAUGGAACAAGAUGUUGUUGUAAGACUGUUUUUGGGCCCACAAUGUUAUAAUUCUACAUGCUGGGACAACUAUCAUAAAUUUUUCGAAAUGGAUGCUUUUAAAUGUGGACUUAAACAAGGAUUCACAAACAUUACUUGGUCACCUGAUAAUUCAUCAAGGUUUUCAUUUGACGAUUUCUUUAAUUUAGAAGCACCAGUCAAGAGCGCUUAUAAAUAUAAUAUGUAUAAGUUUCCUGCCAAUCUGUUAAUACCUAGAGGUUUGGAGGAUGGUCUCCACCUUACAAUGUUUGUCAUGAUAACUCCUGUAAAUACAUUUGAAAUGAAAACACCUGAAGCAAACUUAUACAAAAAUAUAACUAUGUCCCUUGAAAUAGACGAUAAACCACUAGGAUUUCCAUUCCACAGAUUAGCAACAAACUAUAAAGAUAACGCAAGCAAUUAUGGAUUUUAUAAUGUAUCUGUAUAUCAUCAUAAAAGAACUGUUAAUGGAUUUGGUCAAUUUUCAAUGCAUCUAUACUGA